AUGUCUACAUCUUCAACCCCAAAUCUCGACCAUGUCGAUAACACCACACAUGGACCUAUCCGACCAGCUACAUCCGAUGGACCUGAUUCAGAACGUUCUGUGGACGAGCUCCCGGUCUCGGACCCCUCACACCCGGAUUACCCUCCGCUUCGUCACACCCCGGAUUACUCUCCACAGCCUCAUGUGAGCCUCGCAAGUGCAGACGCAGAUCAAUCUGUGCUUCGGCAAGCGCAUUCGUCUGUCGUAGUGCCUGCUGGUCAGAUACAUGGCGAUACUGCACCGCAGACGGCAGACUACAACAUAAUCAAAUUGAAUCCCCCUAAGGAAGCCGACAACGUCGAGGAAGCCCUAAAGCCCGACAACUCUGAUGACGCGGAUGAAGACGCCGACUGGGAUAAGAGUUCUCCAGCUGGCAUCCCACGGCUGGCUGAAUACAUGGCUCGCGUGCCUGAGCGGGCUAUUUUCCGUACCUUCCGAACGCUCGGCGUGCAGAAUCUCCUCUUCAUGCAAUCAGAGAUCGACUAUCUUGAGUGGAAGCUUCGUAAUGUGAUGACCAAUUUCAGAGAGGGAAAAGGUGGCAUCACCAAAAAAUAUGCCACAGAUUGGGCUUGGAAUACAAUGGAGGAUUCCGCCGAACCACAGCCCAAGCAGUAUCAUAUCAUCAUGCAGAUUCGUGAGAAGCUUGAGAAAUACGAAGAAGCACUUCUGCGACAACAUAUGCUCGCCAAGAUCGCAGUGCCCGAUCAUUUUGAUCUCGACCAGAUUAAAUCCUACAACGUGUCUCGCGCUACACGCGAUAACUGGAUUUUUCACCACAAACCUCUUUAUGGCCUUCCUGAAGACUGUGUCAAAUAUGAUCGGUUCCAUGGACAUGUAGCUACGGACCUGAUCUCACUCAAGUCCCGCGAAUUCAGCGACUACUUUACUUUGUGGGUCUGCGAGCGGUCACUUACCAUAAUCAGAAUUUUUGGGAGAUUCUUGGAAAAGUCUAAGUUUGGUGGCAGUCCAGUAAUUUACGACAGCACUCUCAGAGAGUGCACCCAUGUCUUCACGGCAGUGCUUGCGAGUCUAGUGCCUGUCGCUGUUGCAUACAUCUCUCAGCAGGAAAGAGAUAUGUCCCAAAUUGUGGUCAUGGCGUCGACAAACCUUCUGUUAUCGGGCUGUAUGGUCUACUUUGCGGACGCGGGAAAAGUGUAUCUCUUCCUCGCUGGUAUCUUGUAA